CUAUUCCAGACAACUUGUUAUGUUCUCGCCACCCUCACAAUUUCUUUAUAUAUAACGCCUUGGUAUCUAAAUAUGUCUGGAGUGUAAGAUAUGAUGAAGGUGCUGAGGUGCAAGAAGGUCAAGCACCAUGGUCGUAGGGGACGAAAGGGGAAACCGAGGUUUCUUGAAACUUGUAUGCGAAGAAACCUAGGGAUUCUCCGUAAGAUUAUACCAGGUUGUGAAGAAGUAGAAGAGGAGGAAGCCUUGAUCCUCAAGUCAAUUCAGCAUGUCAUUCUUCUCAAAUCUCAGGUUACUUUACUUAGAAAGCUAGCUGAUGUUUGUGGAGUCUAAAAGAACGUAAGUUCUCAACUUGUUAUUCAUUAUAUUAUAAUAACAAAGGGAGGGAGGCAAAAUAAA